UCUCUUGUUUCUUCACUCUUUUUGCCAUAAUCUCUGUCACAAAUCAGCGAGAGAGAGAGAGAGAGAGCGAGAGUAUGGCGACCACACUUCAUUGUCUCUCCACACUCCAUCUUCUCCCUCGCAACCAUUACCCUAAAACCCUCAAUUCUCUCAAACCAAUCUCCAAACCACAACCCUGCAAAAUCCAAGAAAAACCCUCCAAUCCCAACGCCCUCCAACUCCUUAAAUCAUCGUCUCUCCCUCUCGCAGUCGUCGCAUUGCCUUUCUUCCUCGACCCACAGGAUGCAGCAGCAGUUGGAGGCGAAUUUGGGAUAUUGGAAGGAAGAUCGUUCGCGUUGAUACACCCAAUUGUGAUGGGAGGUUUAUUCGUAUACACUCUAAGGACUGGUUACUUAGGUUGGCAAUGGAGACGUGUCCGUACGAUCCAGAGCGAGAUCAACGAGCUCAAGAAACAGCUUAAGCCAACUCCUGUUUCUCCUGAUGGAUCCACAGCCAUUGAUUCUUCGUCUCCUCCUUCUACGACGGAGCUUGAGAUCCAACGGCUCACGGCAGAGAGGAAAGAGUUGGUCAAAGGGUCUUAUAAAGACAAACACUUUGACGCAGGCUCUGUUUUGUUAGGUUUUGGUGUUUUGGAAUCUGUGUUUGGAGGACUUAACACUUAUCUUCGUACCGGUAAACUCUUCCCCGGUCCUCAUCUUUACGCCGGAGCAGGGAUAACGGUGCUUUGGGCAGCAGCGGCGGCUUUAGUGCCGGCAAUGCAGAAAGGGAAUGAGACGGCGAGGAAUCUACACAUUGCGUUGAAUGGUCUCAAUGUUCUUCUUUUCAUUUGGCAAAUCCCAACAGGUCUUGAUAUCGUCCUCAAGGUUUUCGAGUUCACCAAAUGGCCUUAAAUCAUACUGAUAUUUUGGAUUUGUAUUAUGAGUCUCACUAUAAAUAUAUAUCCAAAUCUUAUGCAACUUUUUUUUUGUUUUAAAUGGUGAGUUGUAAAAAACAUGCAAUUAGAGUGAGAAGUAGAAUAAUGGUAGACUAUAUGGUUCAAUAAUACUCUUACCCAUCGGGUUUGAGAGUUUGCUUAUGAUUUUAAUGUACAUUAAACCUAGUAAUUUGAUUUAAACAUGUUGAAGAAUAGAA